AUGCGUGAAGAGCCGUCGAACUCCGAUGUUUCUGGAUUGGUGCGAAGCAAAGAAUUCGAGAAUGUUAUUCAUUGUCACCUGCAGCAUUUUGCUGUUUCUGAUGCGAUUGUUUUGGCCGAGCUUUAUCAUGAAACUGUGAAAACUGUUGAUUCGCUGUAUCUAUUUGCUCACUGCCUGGUACGCGGGACACGUAUUGAAGCAGCGUAUAACCUUCUGAAAUUUGAUGGUGUAUGUUCGACGCCGGAAAUUCGUUAUUUGUUCGCCCACUGCUGCUGUUUGUUGGACAAGUAUGGAUUUCUUUUUUUUUUUACAAUUUCAGGAUUUUUUUACAGAAUUUUUACAAUUUUUUUACAACAAAAAUUUUGA